GCAGACACUCAGCGGAUCUAACUUUUUUUCUUCCUCCACCACCCUGAGCCAGCUUUGUACGUGGGAAGUCCCCUUCCAAGCAGCAACUUCAGUUAACAAAAACAGCAAAGAGGCAACAGGAGGGAUAUAUUAUACACCUGAAAAAACCCCUACAGAUGGGGAGGAGCUGCCUUCUCAGAAUAUUGGUAGUGUCAUAAGAAAGGUGUGCACUCAGCAGUUCCUUAGCAUGGAAGAUAAUUAAUCCCUUCAGUUCAAGGAAGUGAGACUAACCCUGAAGACCUGUCCUGAAGAUGUUUUAGAGGACUCCAGAGCAAACACCAUUUCAUGGGGGAAAAGUUUGCCAAGAGUCACCAUGCAUUGCUCAGCAAGGGAGAGGAGAAUGAAAUGGAGAUAUUUGGCUACAAAACCCAGGGCUGCCGGAAAGCCAUGUGCAUUGCUGGGUACAUUUUGUCCUGCGGGGUUCUCUGGCUUGUAUUUUACUGGAAACCAGCGUGGGAUGUGUGGGCAAACUGCAUCCCCUGCAGCUUGCAAGAAGCAGACGUCACAUUGCUCAGAACAACAGAUGAAUUUCAGAUUUAUUCCUGGAAGAAGGUGACGCGGAUCUCUGUGUCUGCACUGAACAAGUUUAGAUCAGAUUAUCCAAUCACUGCUGAUGAAAACUCCAUCAUAAACAAAGCCAUAAUGAAACCAGAUUUAAAAGUAAGAUGCAUCCAAGUGCAGAAAAUCCGGUAUAUUUGGAACAACCCUGAACAACAGUUCCAGAAAGUUGGGUCCCUAGAAGACAGUCACACUUGUUCAGCUAUACACGCCAAAUUUGGUUCUGGUUUGCGAUGUGAGGAACAGGAGAUCAGGAGGCUAAUAUGUGGGCCAAAUGCCAUUGAUAUUCAGGUUGUCCCUAUUUGGAAACUACUCAUCAAAGAGGUCUUAAAUCCAUUUUACAUGUUCCAACUCUUCAGUGUGUGUCUGUGGUUCGCUGAAGAUUAUAAGGAGUAUGCCAUUGCUAUCAUAAUCAUGUCCCUCCUUUCGAUCGCCUUAACCGUGUAUGAUCUCAGAAAGCAAUCUAUGAAACUGCACAGGCUGGUGGAGUCUCAUAACAGUGUCAGGGUCACUGUGUGCAGGAAAGACGAAGGCUUCCAGAAGAUAGAGUCAUGCCAUCUGGUGCCAGGAGACAUGCUGGCUUUGACAGGGGGCAAAGCCCUUAUGCCAUGCGAUGCCAUCCUGAUCAGCGGUGGGUGCACUGUAAAUGAAGGCAUGCUGACAGGGGAAAGCAUUCCAGUGACAAAGACCCACUUGCCCCAGGCUGAUGACUCCAGGCCCUGGAGAACAUGCUGUGCAGAGGAUUACAAAAGACAUGUCCUUUUCUGUGGAACAGAGGUCAUCCAGACCAAGGCAGACGGCAAUGGGCCGGCGAGAGCUGUUGUGCUGAGGACUGGUUUCAACACAGCCAAAGGAGACCUGGUGAGGUCUAUUCUCUACCCUAAGCCCAUGAAUUUCAAGCUGUACAGAGACGCCUUACGGUUCCUGAUGUGCCUCAUAGUGUUUGCGACCAUUGGAAUGAUCUAUGCAGUGUGUGUUUUUGCACUAAAUGGGGAAGAGGCAGGAGAAGUGGUGAAAAAGGCCCUGGACGUCAUCACUAUUGCAGUCCCUCCAGCUCUCCCGGCUGCUUUGACGACGGGGAUCAUUUAUACGCAGGGCAGGCUGAAAAAAAAGGGAAUCUUCUGCAUCAGUCCUCAAAGGAUCAAUGUGUGCGGUCAGCUGAACCUCAUCUGCUUUGACAAAACUGGCACCUUAACAGAAGAUGGACUGGACCUGUGGGGAGUGAUCACUUUGGAAAGAAACAGCUUUCAGAAAGUCCACAGCUUCGCCUCUGGUCACAGCUUGCCCUGGGGACCAAUGCACGGCGUCAUGGCGAGCUGUCAUUCACUGAUUGUUCUGGAUGGGAAGAUACAGGGAGAUCCACUGGACCUGAAAAUGUUUGAGGCAACUAACUGGGAGAUUGAAGAUUCCUGUGAAGAUCAUGUUAAGAAUGGUGAAUUCCCGCACGCUGUUGUUAUUAAACCCGGACCCAAAGCCAGCAGUGUUCCAGUGGAAGGAAUUGCCAUCUUACACCAGUUUCCAUUUUCCUCAGCCCUGCAGAGGAUGUCGGUCAUAGCUCAGGAAAUCGGAGGGGAGCAGCAGGUCUUCAUGAAGGGAGCUCCGGAGAUGGUGGCCAAGUUUUGUAGACCAGAAACCGUGCCACCCGCUUUUGCCAGCGAGCUUCAGCUCUAUGCAGCACGGGGCUUCAGGGUCAUCGGACUGGCGCACAAAAUUCUGCAGGCAGGGAGGCAGGCAGCUGGCUUAACAAGGGAGGAAGUGGAGUCUGACUUGACGUUCCUGGGCUUUCUGAUAAUGGAAAAUCGUCUGAAGGCAGAGACCAAGCCUGUGCUGGAAGAACUCAGCGCUGCCCGCAUCAGGAGCGUUAUGGUCACAGGUGACAACAUACAGACAGCAGUUACUGUGGCCAGAGAUGCUGGCAUGAUUUCUCAGACCAGUCAAGUGAUUCUCGUUGAAGCAAAUGAACUGUCAGGUUCCCCCUCAGCAUCCAUCACCUGGAAGCUACUGGAAGAAAGCAAACGGAAUGGCUACAACAACCUGGAGACUUACAUUCAGGUUGAGGGAAGAUUCAGAUCUGAAGUUGGACGUAGCAGUUACCAUUUUGCCAUGAGUGGAAAAUCCUACCAGGUCAUUACACAGCAUUUCAGCUAUUUACUUCCAAAGCUCCUGGUCAAUGGGACCAUUUUUGCUAGAAUGUCUCCAGGUCAGAAAUCCAGCCUGGUGGAGGAGUUUCAAAAGUUGGAUUACUUUGUGGGCAUGUGUGGAGAUGGAGCCAAUGACUGUGGGGCUUUGAAAAUGGCCCACGCUGGGAUAUCGUUGUCAGAGCAGGAGGCGUCGGUGGCUUCACAUUUCACGUCUCGAACCCCCAGCAUAGAGUGUGUGCCCGAGCUGAUCAGGCAAGGUCGCGCUGCUCUCGUCACUUCAUUCUGCAUGUUUAAGUACAUGGCACUGUACAGCACCAUCCAGUAUCUUGGUGUUCUCCUGCUUUACUGGCAACUAAACUCCUUUGGGAAUUACCAAUUUUUAUUCCAAGAUCUGGCUAUUACCACUGUAAUUGGUAUAACAAUGAGUUUGAACGGUGCCUACCCAAAGCUGGUCCCAUACAGGCCUCCAAGCCAGCUGAUCUCACCACCCUUGCUGCUGUCCGUGGUCCUGAACAUCCUGUUUAGCCUGUGCAUGCAGGUUUUUGGCUUUGUGACAGUCCAGAAGCAGCCCUGGUAUGCUCAGCAGAACAUCUACAGUGCCUGCCUCAGCGAGAAUAAAAGCCAUGUGGAGAAUUCUUCCUCCGCUGCCACCAUCGGCUUCCCCCGGAUGGAGAAUGCAGGUGUCAGAGAGGGGGUGGACAAUGGCUACAAGAGCUAUGAAAACACCACAGUGUGGCUCCUCAGCACCAUCAACUGCCUCCUGGUAGCACUGGUGUUCUCCAAGGGAAAGCCUUUCCGGCAGCCUGUGUACACGAACUAUAUAUUUGUACUGGUGCUAGUGGUCCAGCUGGGCAUCUGUGUCUUCUUUGUGUUUGCUGACAUUGACGGUCUCUACUCACGGCUGGAUCUCGUGUGCACCCCCAUCUUCUGGAGAAUCUCCAUGGUGAUAAUGCUGCUUGUCACAUUCGCUGUGUCCUUCAUUGUAGAGGAGGCCAUCAUUGAAAACAGAGCCCUCUGGAUGCUGCUCAAAAAGUGCUUCCGGUACCAGUCCAAGAGCCAUUACAAGAGGCUGCAAAGGAUGCUGGAGCAGGACUCAGCCUGGCCUCCUCUGAAUGAAACCGUCUUCUCAGAGUCCAGGGGGAUACCAGUGGAGGAAACCAGGGUAGCUUACAGGAAUCCAGUGUUUGAAAGCAAUGAGGAUAUGUUCUGAAGGAAGUGGCAGUGCAGAUGCGCAGGGCAAGGCUGCAGCUGGCCAUGAAAG